AUGCAAACCAAGCAGGCACUGUUCAGGCUGACCGGGAUUCUACGUGGCCCUGGCCAUGCCAGCUGCAAGGAACUUUCGGUGGUCACUCAGGACGGACCUGCCCGGCACAUCAGGUUCAGGCUCAAACCCAUCAAACAUGACUUCGGAAAGGUGCUUUGUAUGGCAGACGCCAAAACGCUCCGAAAGACGGCCGAAGAGGUGCUGAGGCUGGAAGGAGCCACCAGCACAAGUAUGGUGCCACUGCUCGAAUGGGAAGAAAGAAGACCCGCUACGGAAAGCCAGACCCAACACAAGUCUAAAGCAUUCUGGACAGUGUUCAGCAAGCGCUUCAAGGCGUCAAUGCCGAUUAUGAGCGCAGUAGACACCGUGCAUGUGCUCCGGGCAUUCCACGAAGCCAACAAGGACACAGGCGUAUUCGUCGUUGCGGCUCCAAUUCUCAGGCAUAGAACUCAGGAGCUUGACAAGAAAGGACUUGUAGACGCCCUGCACAUCCUAUCCAGGCGGCUCAAACAUAACACCCAGCAACAGCUCUUUCGCACGAUGGCCGACCACGUACCCAACGUCCUGUGGCAAAUGUCAGCAGCAGACGUUGUAGCGACGCUGUGGCACCUCAGCCGUGCUGGCCUUGCCGAUAAGGACCUCGCGGCCUACAUGCAGCCGAAAUUCUGCGACACGGAACACACGCUAGAUGACAUAGGUGCGUACACGGCUGAAAUUUUCCAAAGUAGAGCAGGACGCGGUACCGCGGCACUCGCCUUCGCGCGACACGGACACACCGACGCUGCCUUGUUCCGGCGCAUAGAGGCCGGUAUGGGCCAGGACUGCUCGGGAGAAGCCUUGUUUCGAGCGGCCUGGGGUAUGCACAUGGCGGGCGUGGACGUUGACGCCCUGCUGGGAAGCCACCUCCUCACAUGCCUACAGCACAUCCAACAGUCGGACAGCCGCGCCACCGAAGUCUGGCGGACGAUACUCAGGGACUCCGACCUCUACCACACUGCAUUCGGGCAAGCACGCGGCGAGCGCCAGCCGGGGAGCGCGAAUCCGGACGCGGAAGGCGACUAA